GCCUUGCGCCUAUGCUGCGCAGGAUCUAUUGCAUCCGAAAACAUUGUUCGUCAUUCCACCAUGGAUCAUAUAAAGCACAGAUGCCCUCGCAGCAGCCUUUCACACCUUCUCCCUCUAAUCUUUUAACUAUUCUUUUCAAAAAUUUCCCCCUCGGCCGUUAACUUAGUGCUUCAAAGCCUCUAAAUUUACGAUGUUCUUCAACUUUGCUGUUCUUCUAGCUGGCGCUGGUUUCGCCGUUGCUCAAUCAGAACUCUCUUCGCAGUGCCAGACUGCACUACUUAACACUGCAGCCUCGUCCAGUGCCGCAUGUUUGAAUCCAUCUGGGCUUGUCUCGCUCGUCGUCACGAAUUCGAACUCAAGUUCGAUUAUUCCCGGUGUCAACACCUGGCUUUCUGGCUUGUGCUCUCAAGCCGCCUGCAGUAAUUCGACGCUCCAAACUGUCGUAACAGACCUCGUUUCGGGAUGUUCUACCGAACUCUCGAGUCUUGGAGUGACUACCAAUUCUACUGAUAUUGUCACAUCCAUUCAGGCCGCCUACCCUACUGUUCGACAGCUUAUGUGUUUGAAAGACACUUCAACGAGCACUCUUUGUGUUCCUGAGCUGCUGACGAGCGCCCAGUCCGCCACGACCACUAUUUCGCUGAAUAACAUAGUCGCACUUGUCACAAAAUUGGUGUCCGGUCAGAGCACUGGAAUUCCCUCGAGUGCCACCUGCACCAACUGUACUAAGGCUGCCUAUACUAUCCUUAGUCAGGGUCUCCCUGAAGUUGCUAGUACUGCUCAAAGUUCAUUUUCAUCUGAAUGUGGUACCAACUACACAGAUGGUCAGAUGCCUUCUGAUAUCCAGGAGACAGCAAGCAAUUCCUCAUCAACGACCACUAGUGGUGCUAUUGCGCUUUCCGUUGGUAGUCUCAACAUGGGUGCUACUGCUGUUGUAGCCGUUUCAGCCGCCUUUGCAAUCUUUGCUUAAGUUUCGUAACUUA